CAGAAAUCAAUGCGCUGGUCGUGCAAAGGACGUCUGCGCACUAAGACACUCGGAUCCAAGUUUGGAGCUUUUAGCUGCCAGUCCUGGCCCAUCAUGUAGGUGCAGCACAGCUUUCCUUCCCAUUGCAAUAGCGGGAGAAAACCCACUUUGCAAUCUGUUUUGCAAGGCGUGCAAUUGCAGCUCCUUCCUCUGCGAGGAAAUCUGCUGUUGGAAGUAAGAAAAACUCCAGUUGCAUGAAGAUUGAGCGCUUGCAGUUUGCAUCUUUGUUGCAAAACUAGCUACAGAAGGCAAAGUCUUUUGUGUUCCCCUCCCCCAUCAAAGCAGAGGGGAAAAUGUCUCAGAGAGGCAAGAAGAAAAACCCAGGGUUGAAAAUUCCUAAAGAAGCUUUUGAACAACCACAGACAAGCUCAACGCCACCUAGAGAUUUGGAUUCUAAAGCUUGCAUUAAUAUUGGAGACAAGAACUUCGAAGUUAAAGCUGAUGACCUGGAGCCGAUAUCAGAAUUAGGACGUGGUGCAUAUGGGGUGGUAGAGAUGAUGCGACAUAUGCCCAGCGGCCAAAUAAUGGCAGUGAAGCGAAUCCGAGCAACAGUGAAUAGCCAGGAACAGAAGAGGUUAUUGAUGGACUUGGACAUUUCUAUGAGAACAGUAGACUGUCACUUCACUGUCACGUUCUAUGGUGCACUGUUUCGAGAGGGAGAUGUGUGGAUUUGUAUGGAAUUGAUGGACACCUCGCUGGACAAAUUCUACAAGCAAGUCAUUGACAGAGGCUUGACGAUUCCUGAGGAUAUCCUAGGAAAAAUAGCUGUCUCAAUUGUAAAAGCGUUAGAACACCUACAUAGUAAACUCUCUGUAAUUCACCGAGAUGUCAAGCCCUCCAAUGUACUGAUUAAUACACAGGGACAGGUGAAAAUGUGUGACUUUGGAAUUAGUGGGUACCUCGUUGAUUCUGUGGCUAAGACAAUGGAUGCUGGUUGCAAACCUUAUAUGGCACCUGAAAGAAUCAACCCGGAACUAAACCAAAAGGGAUACAGCGUAAAAUCUGAUAUUUGGAGUCUGGGGAUUACAAUGAUUGAAUUAGCAAUCCUGCGGUUUCCAUAUGACUCCUGGGGGACACCGUUCCAGCAGCUCAAACAGGUAGUGGAAGAACCGUCACCACAGCUCCCUGCAGACAAGUUCUCAGCUGAGUUUGUUGACUUUACCUCACAGUGCUUGAAGAAGAAUUCCACAGAAAGACCUACAUACCCUGAGCUAAUGCAACACCACUUCUUUACCUUUCAUGAAUCCAAAGAAACAGAUGUGGCUUCUUUUGUCAAACUCAUCCUGGAAAACUGAAAAAUGGACUUGUACAUUAUUUUACCCUUUGAUGGACUGGUGGGAUUUAGGAGGAGGGGGUCAUGGUGGGGCAGCCUUCAUCACAGGAAAGCCAGGAGGAAGAGACCUUACCGGUGGCCAUUUUCCCUUUAUUUUUUGUAAAAUCCUAAUCUCCUUCCCUUGAAGGCUUUUUUAAAGGGUUCUUUGGUAUUCAUAGUGACAUAGAAUGAACUGAUUAGUGAAAUGAAUUUUAAUAAGAUUGUCAACUGUAAACAGAAAAUACACAAACAAUGAGUGAUUUAAAUGAUGAUAUUUUAGGGCUCUCUAACCAUCUCCUCCACUAGCCAUACUUAAUUUUCUGUCAAAUCAGAUUUCUUUUGUGUAUGGUAAUAGGUGCUACGGUAGUUAUGAAGUUCGAUAUAGAGUUAUAUUUUGUCCUUACUAUUAUUUUAAUAUUUAUGUUAAGCGCUUGAUUUUUAAUAGAAUCUUUGUUUUCGUUUUUAUGUGAGACAGUGGACAAUAAUGACAGCUAAAACAGUGAAGUUACAGAAGAGUAUUUAUAGUGCUUUGCUAGGAAUAGGAAGAGCAGAAGGCAUGGUCCAUGGAUGACAUGGAUGACUAAUUUAAAUUCAAAUAAAAGUUUGGUUUAUAGGUUACUCCAGCAAUGUAUGAGGAAGUCUACAUCGUUCCCUAGUAUAUGUCUGAAGAUUGUUUUGGCAAGAACAUCAGGAAGAUACAAAAAAAAAAAAUGAUUUGUUGGAUGAGAUUAUUCCAGUGGUUUGGUUUAAAACUGCAGCCUGUAUAAACAAUUAUACCCAUAAGAUUAAGAUUCUACCACAGUAUCAGGAUCUAUGAGAUUAACAGUGGGAUUGAUGCAUUUAAAAGUUAGUGGAAAAUCAAAAGCAGCUUUAGACAUUUGAUUGUUGCUUAACUAAUGAUGAAUCAUUAGGUCAUGGCCAACCAAGGAAGCAGUGUGACCAUAUUGGCUUAGUGGAUAGCUUUAUGCAUUUGAAUGAAAAAGAGACUUCACAAAGGACAAUGGAACUGGGGAGGCCUAGAGACGUGGGUUUGAGAAAGGGGGGAAAGCAUCAAGAAAGGAGUGAAGGUUGGUUUUACCAGUUUUAGAUUGUUCUGAGUACACUAAGCUUGCUUUGGACACUCAGAUGUCCCAUAGUUGUCUUCUUUCCCAUUUCCCACCCACAUGACUUUUUUUUUUCCUUACAGGAAGCUUACCUGAACAAGACUAUAUGGCUGGCACAAGUUAGACCAGUCUCUGUCUGAAAACAAAAGAUAAAAUAGGGAUUAUUUAAUAAGCAUUGUAUCCCUCAUCUAAUAUGAACAACAUUAACAGCAAAAACACACUGGUAGGGCUAAAAAUACUUGAUUUUUUAUUCAGGCUUGGUUGCAACUAAUUCUAAUUGCAACCUAAUUUAGUCAGAAUCAUAUUGCAGUGGCAAUUUGUGUCCCUCUCUCACUUCACAAUAAACUAUUUUUUUGUUUGGGUUUUUUCAUAAGUAAGCCAGGGUCUUAUCCGAUGAAAGUAACUCCAGUUCUGCUAUUAUUUCCACAGCAGCUUUUUGUUCAAGAAGCACUUCCAUUCCCUCCAUGUGAACCCUGACAAUAUUAAUUUUCCCCAACGGUUCAGGUGGUGUAUUGUCCAAGGUUGAUGUUUGUGCACUCCAAAUUGAGGUUGUGGGUAUAGUAGGAAUGCAGCCAUCCCCUGUUUGGUGUCUUCCAGGUAUGUUGGCCAAUAUGUAGCUGAUAUUUCACACAUCUGGAGAGCACCAAAUUGGGGAAGGCCAGUACAGACCAUUAGUAUUGAUAAGGUGGGUUUUUGUCAAAGACAUUUCAAUCCUAUUUUCCAGCAGUCCAUAUUUUACAAUGUAACUGGUCUUUUUUGCAGAAGUCCAUUAGAAGUGAUUAAGAAGAAGUUUAACUGCAGAGAAAACAUAAGAGGCUUCCAUUUCAUUGUAUUCUUUAAAAGCAUGGAAUGGUUUGUAGCCAUUUUAUGUGUUUGAUUAUCUUCUUCCCCCGUGGUUGAUUCUCGGCUACUUCGAUUGAUUGUUUUCAGCUGCAGCUAAGGCUCAGCCAGCCAGUUUUUAGAACUAGUUCCAGCAUCAAUUCUCACUUUGAAAAACGUGUCACUUAAAACCCACUUUUGAGUUUUCCUAUAAAUGGAACUGAGGCUUGCCAUAGAGAUUGUUUUGCUGCGUUUUUUCUUGGAAUAGCGAAGCUCGAUUGGAUACUACAUCCUCUUGACCUCAGAACACCUUUAUCUGAGUGCUGUGGUAACAGGCAGGCUGGAUUCAUGAGAUCAAAUUGGGCUUAAUAGGCAAUAUUAAUAUUCCCAUUGGUUUCCAAUAGUUGGAGUAUGCCAGUGAUGUCUGCAGUAAGUCAGACUGGAAAGAUGAACACUAUACGUCUCAUGCUUUGCUUUAGGAAUUAGAAUGUGGUGUUUGUGAGAUCUUUUGUCAGGUCUGUCCAAAUAUAAUUCAUCUCUUGGCAGAUACAUGAACCCUAACACAGUUAUAGAAUAAAACGUGCCUAACAUCUGUAUUUUCUAUUCAGAAUUUAAAGCUUGGUUGUCUUCGUUAUUUAAAAGUUCUCAUAUCAUGUUAGUGAAUACAAUUUCCCUAAAAUUUUCACAGCAAUUGAAAUACAGUCCAAAUUCAUGUCCAUUUUCUAAAGGGUGUCAGGUAAAAAUGAAAAAGAAAUAACUGAUCAGAUAGUCUACUGAAAACAGGGUAAGAAGCAAUGGGCUUAAAUUACAUAAAAGAAGACAUCGUCCAUUCACAUGUGUAUGUGUACACACACACACACACACACACACACACACACGCACAUGUACCUCAUCCUGCCUGUAGUUGUUACAGAACCUUCAUUUUUAUAGGCUAUCAUAAAUAAAUAAACUGGCACGGGUACCCAUUAUGUGUUUUAUAUAGAAAAAUGAACACUUUGCUGAUAUUUUCAAGCCUUUAAAUAUUUGAAAUUUAUUCUGGGUUCAACAGGGCUACAUUAGUACAACUCAGCUGCUCUAGUAAAUGUUACAGAUCUUGGAUUCAUGGCUGCUGUGACUGAUUUUUAAUUUCAGCGUUCUGAGCUGUCUUAGGUUUGUUAAAUUACUUUGGAAUAAUUAUUUUUAAUGGUAUGUGAAUUUGGGGCGCGGGUAUAUGCAAACCAGUGAUCUGUUUUUUCCUCUGUAAAACAGUGCUGAAUAAUAUGCCAUACAUGGCAUACACUCUAGAAAUGAAUAUAUUAUUGUUUAAACCAUCUAAUUUCUAAGUAAGAAGUAGCUGGCAGAGACUGAUGCAUGGAGCAAAAUCCUACUAUUAACACCAGAACAUUUUGCCAUGCAUGAUUAGCAAGCUAAUAAACACUGCAAUGGACAUUCACAAUAAUGCUGUGUGUCCCACUUUGGGUUGUGCAUCCUAGAAGCUUGUGAAGCAGUAAUGUCCGUUUUGAGUAUUGCUUGGAACUGUGAAGGAAAAGAACUCUGAGGCAUGUACACACCCACACUGUGUUGCCCUCUUUCUUAUUGAACUAAGAGGUAAUUGUUGAAUUCUUCUCUACAGGGUAUUGCUUUUGUCAUCUCAUGCCACACUACUUGAUGAUUUCCUUCUUUCAGAUGUAGACCAUGAUAGCAUAACUCUUUCCUCCCAUUAAAAACAAACAAAUCACA